CCACUGUCUCUUAUUCUCCCUCCUCCUGAGAGUCAUACCACUAAUUUUGGCGCAGGUGGGCGGUGUGGUGAUGCCAGUUCGGGUGGUGGGUGGUGGCGUGGCAAGGGGCACUGUCUCCGUCGGGAUGGUUGGCGUUGAUGAGGUAGAGGCACGAGCUGCACUGCUCACACCCACUCUGGAGCAAGGCUUCCCGUCCUCCUCCACCCCAACUAGUGCCACUGUUACCUGGAGAUUGAGUCCUGCACCUGCCCACCAGAUCCACCGGUCCAAGCACAUCGAGGGGAUCUAUGUGCUGGGGUGUGAACGAGGCAGUGGCUUCAUCCAUCCUCGGAUACAACAACAGCUCCAGACCCACGACAUUUCCCUCCUGCACCAUCCACACUCCCACCACAGCCACAACCACGAGCCCGGCCCCACCACCCACACCCUGGAGCAAAGGGAGUCGUCCACUUCAGAGCAUGCGGAGUGGCCUGACAGUGGAGGAGGGCCCCACACCUCACUGGCAGAGGAGAACGUUGAGCACAUCCUCUUAGAAAAUGAGUCUGGGAGAAGCACUACAUCCUCCAACACCACUGUAGGGGAGGAGGGAGGUGAUGACUUCCCACUGCCACCCACCUGUUCCAACCUGAGAGUGAUGGGCCACACCCUUGUCCUGGCCAGGUCCUCCUUCCAGGUGGUGGGGCUCCAUCCCUUCACUUCCUACUGGUUCCUGCUCCUGCCUCACUACAAGGGUGUGCUGGGUGUGCCUUCCAACACAGUCUUUACAACACCACAGGAUGUGCCUGCAGGGUGGCCAGUGCUCUCAAGGUGGUGGGCCGCCAGAGUGGGGCAGGACACAUAUGCCCUCACCCUUCACUGGCGACCACUGCCCCCACACCUUGCCCACGGCAUCAUCAACAGGUAUCAGAUCCUGGUAAGAGAAAGGGACACAGGCUUAACCCACAAUGUAAGUGUGAUGGGUGACCUGACCACACUCACCCUGCCCAACGUGACGUCCUCUCGAGUGGAGGUGAGCAUGGCAGCCUCCACCGUGAAGGGCACAGGUAGCGCAUCACCACCCACCAGCCUCAACCUGCUCAUGACACACCACAAGGAGCCUGGUGUGGGUGUUGGCUUGAUACGGUCAGCCUGGUUCCUGGUGCUAGCAGGCGGCGCUGUGACAAUGCUGGUGGUGUUGGUGGGCUGCACGCUGGCAGCCCGAUGGUGUGCCCACAGCCUCACCCACUCCUCCCUUCCAGCAGACAUGGGUCACAGCAAGGUGGGUGGCCCCUGGGUGGAUGUGGGUGGCCUGUGGACAUCUGUUCCCACCCAUGAUCUCAGCUCUGACAAGUCUGAGAGGAAGCUGCUGGCAAACGGGUCUUCCUUAGCUGAUUAUGUGGAGGUGGAGGCUGAACCACAGCUCAAAUAUGAAGUGGGCAACAAACGAUUAGAGGUGUGGCCGGGUGGACUGUUGGCCCCCUCACCAUCCCCAUCUCGAAUCUCCUCCUCCUCACACCAAGCCAAGCAGCUGGCCCAGAGUGAGUCGCUGGUAUCACAGCCACGCAGGGCAAGUCACUGCAUGUUGAGGCAACAGACAUCAGGCUCCUAUGCAAGCUCCAGCGCCCACCACACGUCCUCCACCUGCCGGAACUCAGACACCGGGACUUGGUACACAGGCAAGUACUGCAAUUGCUACCAGGAAGACUCCAAGCUGGGCCUUCACCACGAACCCUUCUGUCCCUCAGCCACCCCCUCUGGCUGCUCCACCAUCCUGCAUGUCAGCCUUAACCCUCCCUCAGACUAUGCCUGCACCUCCGUGGGCACAGACACGUAUGAGGCUGUCACCACAUAUGAGGAGGCUGGCACCCCACUGGACCUUGGACCAGGGAAGCGGCCGUCCACCACAUGGCAGCUGAGACUCAAUACAGAGUCCACCACAGACCUGUCCAUGGACUGCUAUAACUACUCUGACGACGACCCACAGUCCUUCAGCGACACAGAGGCUUUCUUCAUUCCACAGGAGCUCCGCAGACGAGAUGCCUCCAAGGAGAAUGACUCAUCCUGCGAGGACCUUUACCGGCCCCUCAAGGAACAGGUGCCUGCCAGGAGGACUGCGAGUGACGAUGCUUUCCAGCGAGAGUUGCAAAAAGUUGUAGAAAAGAAAUCUGAUCAGAACAAAAGCAAACAAAGUAAUUCCCUCAGGUAUCUUUACUGUGUGACAGAAUCUCCCUCAAACUGUGACUCUACCUCCACCAAGCCUCUCUCAGCAGAAAGCCUGAAGAGGAUAAGCUCCCGUUCCUCCAUGUCACAGGACAGCCUGGAGAACCAGUUUGAGCAGACGCUGCGCAUGAUCUCGCAGGGAGCGUCCUGCAACCUGGACUCAGACAGUGUGUCAUUGUCUGCCUUUGACUGAAACCCUUUGCCUGCAGUGUUGAGCAUCAAAGUCAAUUCAGGGAGAGUGGAUGUUCAGGUGCACAGUCUUCUGAGAACAGUGAGUGCUUUCUUUCAUGGAACACAACUUUCCCCACAACAGUGGUGAGACUCAGCAUGAAUACACAUACUUUGCUGUUCACAACUAACACAGCCGAGUAGAAUGACUCCUUGCAUUCAGUGUUAUCUCAUUAUAUUAUUAUUAUUAUUAUUAUUAUUAUUAUUAUUAUUAUUAUUAUUAUUAUUAUUAUUAUUAUUAUUAUUAUUGUUGUUGUUGUUGUUGUUAUUAUUAUUAUUAUUAUUAUUAUUAUUAUUAUUAUUAUUAUUAUUAUUAUUAUUAUUUCUAACAGGUCAGGGGUGUAGAGAUUAGCAGCCUGAGCUCAUACUGAAGAGGCACUGGGAUUGGAUCACAGGCCAGAAACAAAAUUAGGUUUGUCUUUCACACACUGCAGUCUGUUCAUUUCUUCAGUGACUGGUGUGUGGUGCAAGCCAGGCACCUUUGACCUUGCACCUCAGCAGAUGCAGAAGGCUAGCAACCCUGUCCUUAUGUGUGUGUGUGUGUGUGUGUGUGUGUGUGUGAGAGAGAGAGCAGCAAAAGAGAGUUAGCCAAUGUGUGUUUGGUGUACAACAAACAAUAUCACAUAAUUGAGGAGACAUGACCAGCCAAGACUACAUACUGUUGUGUUUUACUCAUGUGGCACUCAUGAUUUAGAAUGCUCAAGGUACGUCACUUGUGUCAGAACAGCGAAUGGUGUGUAAAAAUAUUUUCCAGCUGCAGAUUUGUAUGUUGUCAUGAAAUACAUAUAAUG